AUGGCUCUUUCAACCAAUCAAAAAACAGCAAGCAAGUCGUUUACCUCCAAAUCGGUCGACAUUGUACCAGUGGCUAAACCGUGCCGUAAAAUUCAAGCUGGUGACAGAAGAAGGCUAGAACACGCCCAGAUAGUUUCCAUGAAAAUGUCCGUGAAAACACAAACCAUUUGGUUGCUGUUUUUUAUUUCAUCGAUUCAAGCACGUGGAAUAAGAAUUCGCCGUGAUUUGGGUGGAGUUUGCAAAGACAUGUGGACAGCAGCUGGUAAUAACAUGGUUGUUGGGACGGAUCUGGUUGUAGACACUUCCAAUUCUGCACAAUUGUUUAAUCUAAAGCCUUCGGGUAACGCCAAGCUGGGUCAUCCUGUUUACAAAAAGUUCAAAGCCCUUCUAGACAACUACAUUGCAGACGAGGACAUACCAGAGAAGAACGAUGCCCAAAAAGUGGCUGAGGAGGAUGACUUUAUAAACACUAUCGCUGUUUCUAAUGGGCCUAUGGAUAUCGCUUUCAAGUACCUAAAAACAAGCGGAAAAACCACUGCUGCUGACUUAAACGCGUUCAAGCCUAUACUAAAGACCAUGUGGUUCCAAAAGUACCCAAAAGGAGGAAAAGGAGCAUACUCUGGAUUUGAACACACAUUUGUUGGUGAACUUGCCAAAAAAAAAGUUGUCAAGGGUCUUCACAACUGGUACCAAUUCCAUCUAGAACAACAAGCGAAAAGACUGGCUUACACUCCUCCACCUAAGAAUGCCGUUGAUUUGAACAAGAAGCCCCCGCUCAUCAAUGCGGCAUUCACGUGGAAGGGAUCUAGCAAACCUGGCAGCAGUUUCUUCAUCGGAACCAGCCCCGCAUUUGAGAUGGCCUUGUACACCGCAUGUUUCUUUGGAGAGCCUGGCGACUGCACGUGCAAGAUAGACAGUCAUCUGCUCCAGAUAAAGACCAUCAAUUUCAACAACGCAGGAAUGGUUCUCACUUCAUAUCCCAUAGCAUAGAUGCUUCUUACAUGCUUAUCCAUGUAUUUCUUGUUAUUAUAUUUGCUAUUUUAAGGGAGGAUCUAUAUUGCUGAUAUUUAUUUCCUUUCGUUUACCCAAAUAUAACUUUUUGGUAAUAUCGCCAUGUUAUUAAUAAAUAAUAAAUU